CAUGUGACCAGGAGGCGGGCGGGCCUUCCUCAGCUUCUUCUCCGUCGCUUUGGCUCCAAAUGUCGGAGGUGUUUGUGCCCGGAAGAAAUGGACUCUGGCAAUGCACCAGUUUGAUAAUUCAGAGAUCCGACCAGCUGAGUCUGUGAAUGGCGCCAAAACAGGACCCUAAACCUAAAUUUACAGAAGGUGAAAGAGUCCUGUGCUUUCAUGGGCCAUUGCUCUAUGAAGCAAAGUGUGUAAAGAUCAACAUAAAGGAUAAGCAGAUCAAAUAUUUCAUUCAUUACAGCGGAUGGAACAAAAACUGGGAUGAAUGGGUUCCUGAAAGCAGAGUACUCAAAUAUGUGGACAGCAACCUUGCAAAACAAAAAGAACUUCAAAAGGCUAAUCAGGACCAUUAUGUUGAGGGAAAGAUGAGGGGUUUAGCACCAAGCAAGAAGAUUGCUGCUGUGCAGCAGAAAAAUGUUGAUCUGAAAGUGAAAAAGGCCAAACAGAAGACCCCAGCGCCGGUUGAAGGUACAAGCAGUGGAGAAACACCCCAGGGUCCACGCAAGAAGAGGGUCCGGGUCGAUCCCACUGUCGAGAGUGAGGAAAUGUUCACCAACAGAGUGGAAGUGAAGGUCAAGAUCCCAGAGGAACUGAAGCCCUGGUUGGUGGAUGACUGGGACCUCAUCACUCGACAGAAACAGUUGUUUCAUCUGCCUGCAAAGAAGAAUGUAGAGAUUGUCUUGGAGGACUAUGCAAACUAUAAGAAAUCAAAAGGAAACUCUGACAACAAAGAGUAUGCAGUAACUGAAGUGGUGGCGGGGAUUCGGGAGUACUUUAACGUUAUGCUUGGGACUCAGUUACUUUACAAGUUUGAGAGGCCGCAGUACGCUGAGAUGUUGGCCGAACACCCAGACAUGCCCAUGUCCCAGGUUUACGGAGCGCCUCACCUGCUUCGCCUUUUCGUUCGUAUCGGAGCGAUGCUGGCCUACACUCCACUGGACGAGAAGAGCCUGGCGCUGCUGCUCAGUUACCUCCAGGAUUUCCUGAAGUACCUGGUGAAGAACUCCGCCACCCUGUUCAGUGCCAGUGACUAUGAGGUGGCGCCCCCAGAGUACCACCGUAAAGCCGUGUGAGCCGGGGCCAACUCCUCCCCCUCCCCCACCCCCAGACCACCUGUAAAUGCCCAUUAUAUCUGAGCGUUGGCUCCGAUGAGGUUUUUCACUUGAACUGAUACACUUUCUCUGUAAAGCUCCAAGGAGCUUGUCACGGUUAUGAUGCAAAAAAAAAAAAAAGUCAGAGGUAACCUUUUUAAGCUGAAUCUUUCUCACUGUGUCAUUUUUUCCCCCCAUUUUUGUGUAAAUACACAAAGGGAAAAUAGGCUCCUCUGUAAAGACAUCCCAGUUUUCAGAAGCGGCUCUUUGGUGUUUUUGUGCAUUCCAUCUGAUAGACUGUUGCAUGUGUGUAUUUAUUAGUGUUUCUUCUCGCCAUAUGACGCAGAACCACACAGUCAGCACUUAGCAGUUGAUGUUUUUGUAUGUACUAAGUGUAUUUCUAUCAAUUUGUAAAAUAUGUUUCUACACUAUA